AUGAGCAGCCUCAUCCGCGUGCGGUGGGACGAGCUCAUCGUCCCGCCUAUGGAGUGCGCGUGGCUGUCCAGCCCAGAGCAGAAGAUCCCCGGGCGCGGCUGCGUGUCCUUCGAGGUGGCGGGCGAGAACGACGCCACGGUGAUCCUCAAGGACACCCCGGGGUCUCGGCGGUGGCAGCACGACCGCGGCGGCGUCGACCAGGGCUACACCGUGAUCAUCGGCAGCCACCGCAAUUCGAAGCUCAAGAUCGAGCGCAACGGCGUGUUCGUCUGCCAGGCCGAGGCCGAUUGGGCCACCAUCAGGCGGGACGAGUUCCGGGAGUUUUGGAUCCAGGUGGACGCGCGGGGGGCCAUUGCAGUCGGUGCGGGGGAGGCAGAUUCCGUCUUCCGCUGGGUGGACCCCGAGCCACUGGAGGGGAUCACAUCCAUCGGGCUGUCUUCGUGGGACCGCCACCUGCGCUACCGAAACAUCAGGGUCGAUCUCGAGGUGCCCGCCCAGCAAGACGGGGACGCCCUCAGCAGGCGGGUGUCGUCGUCCAUCCCCAGCCUGUACGCCGCCUGCGUGGACGCGCUGAUGGGCGACGACUCCGUGGAGACGGCGGGGCGGCUGAUGGAGAUGAUAUCCAGCUCGAUGCUGCCCGGCAUGGAGCGGCUGAAGCGCCAGGCCGUGCGGUGCCUGGCCAACCACUUCGGCCAGGUGGCAGAGGACAGGGAGUGGCUGGGAAAGCUGUCGUGCGGCGCGCUGGUGGCGCUGCUGGAGUCGCCGGCCAUGUGUUCAAAUGAGCGGGCGAUCUUCGAUGCUGUCAGUGCAUGGAGCUUUUAUGGUGCUGAACACCAGACGAUGGAUAUCCCCUUGCGCCCUGAGGAAGAGCUCCAACAGCUGCUGUCCUUAAUUAAGUUUCCCUUGAUGAAAGAUGAGGAUCUUGAGGUCGUGCGUGCACUCCCCCUUGCAGGCCGUUACCCACCUCUGCUUGAACUUUUGGAUGAAGCUGUGGCAUCAAGAGGAAGGGGGAGAGAUGGCACUGUGGAGGUGCCCGAUCCUCCCACAGCCAUCUCUGUGGCCAACACUCGGAACGUCAUGAUGUCCCAAAAAUCAAGUGCUGCCAUGGGGCGCCACAUGCCCCGGCAAGCCCCCUUGAGCAAGCAACUGAACUUCUCCUUCAAUGGGGACAAGCUUGGUGCAUGCUACUACCUGGGUACAUCGGGUGGACGCACAGAGUAUGUCAACCCAACAGUCACCAACAAGGUCAGGGUGCUUGCCAGUAGCCCUGAGAGCCGCACCACGAAUGUGAAGGGUGCCGCUGGAAACAGAUUUUCCAAGACUUCUUAUGCCACUCCACGCAAUGAGAAUGGUCGCAUGGCGUCCUGGUGGGCAUUGGACCUCCUUGAGCAUGUUCUCAAGUGCAACUACUACACCAUCCGUCACGAUGGGUCCUCCGACUUCUUACGACACUGGGCUCUUCAGGGCUCCCAGGAUGGGCAGGAGUGGUUCAACCUUCGACAACACGUCAACGACCUCACCUUCCACUCCCCAGCCCAGUUCGCCUCCUGGCCAGUCAGCUCUGACACAGCCUACAAGAUGUUCCGACUGCUGCUCACAGGCCCCACUACCAGCACCACUACCCCGAUGAAUUUGUGCCUCAGCAACAUGGAGUUUUACGGCACAAUCAUGGGCCCAGAUGUCCAUUGA